GAGCGUCUUGUCCAAUGAUCCUGUCAGCGGUGCAGCGCCGGGCCGCGCCGCAGUGUCUGGCAGCGCAGUCACCGCGACGUUAGCUGCUGCUGCCGCCAUGAGGAAGGUCAGCGUUGUCUUGGUCCGGCAUGGUGAAACAAGAUAUAAUAAAGCAAAACUCCUUCAAGGACAAGGGGUGGAUGAACCACUGUCCCAGUUUGGUUUCAAGCAAGCUGAAGCUGCAGGCAAGUUUCUCAGCAACAUCAAGUUCACUCAUGUUUUCUCAAGCGACCUACAGCGUGCUAAGCAGACGGCAUCUACUAUUGUAUUAAAAAAUAGUAUUGGAUCUAAACUUGAAAUAAUCUGUGAUACAAGGCUUCGAGAAAGAAAAUAUGGGAUUGUUGAAGGAAAGCCCCUGAACGAACUCAGGGCGAUGGCAAAGGCUGCAGGACAGAAGUGUCCUUUUUUCACACCACCAGGAGCUGAGACUGUGGAUGAAGUUCAGGCUCGUGCAGAGGAUUUUUUAAGUCAUUUAUGUCAACUUCUUAUGAAAAUUACAGAAAAAGAUAGUGCACCAGAGCAGCUUGAUAAAGUUGCUGAUGAUUCAGGAGAUUCGCACACUUCACUAAAAAAUCCAAGCUGUGUGGACUUAAAUGGUUCUGAUAUAAAUGAUGACAAUUCGGAUACCCCAGUGGCUAGCGUGCUUAUAGUCAGUCACGGUGGAUUUAUUCGGCAAUGGGUUAGGCAUUUUGUAGAGGAUCUGAAAUGUCUUUUACCACAAUCCUUUGACGAGUCGAAGGCAUUUUCUGUCUGUCCAAAUACGGCAGUAAGCAGUUUUACCCUUACUUUUAAUCAGGUAGUUAGCUCUUCUCCUUCCAUAAUAUGCAACUAUUUAUAUAAUUGUAGCCAUCUUGAUGGCAUUACUCUGUAAAGCCAAGGAAAUAACUUAUUCUUCAUUGACAUGUUGUAAAAAAUAUAUACAAGUAUGUAAGCUCAAUAGAUAAAAUUAAUUUGUAUUUAAAUGGUACUGAGAAAGUAACUUAUUUUAGGAAACAUCCUUAAAUUUUUUUUUUUAAAUUCAAUUUGCAGCAAAAGAUUGUCUAUGGUCUAUAUCGUGUGGUGAAUCUGUACUUAUCAAUGUAUAUUUGAAGGCAUAGGGAAGAGUACUAUUUGUUUAUUGAAGACUGGUUACUGAUUGAUCCUGUGAUAUAUUCUUCAUGGCAUUUUGACCAUAUUGUCCAAAGAAAUAGUUUAUAUCGCAACCCUUAGAAACCAGAAUAUAAUAUUUGCAAUCUGGCCUUCAUAUUAAUAGCACAAAGCUUAUUAACGGAACUAAAGUACCUUGAAAGUUAUCAUUACUGAUUAUAAACUGUGUGCUGCAUUAAAUUGUUUACCCCAGUAGAUAUUAAUAUGUAAACCAAAUCCAUUUAAACAUGAAAAUUCAAUUUGAAGUGAUAUUUAUAAGGAAAUAAAACUAAACUAACCCAAUAAUGUUUGCUGUGACAGAAAUGAAAAUAAAUUAAACUUGCCAUGUCACAAC